AUGGCUCGCCCUCCUUCCAAGUUCGAAGAGAUGGCGGCGGUGCUUCGGUGGAAAUGGCAGAUCAUGGUGGCCGUCGCCACCUCCGUCAUCAUCGUGACCCAUAGCGCCGGAACGCUCCUCGGCCGGCUCUACUUCGACGGAGGUGGCCGCAGCAAGUGGCUGGCGACCGUCGUCCAAUCAGCGGGCGCCCCUCUCUGCCUCCCCCUCCUCUGCCUCCUUUCCCUCCGCGUCAAGUCGCCGCCGCCACCUUCCGCCGCCCGCCGCCGUGACAUCGCCCUCAUCUACCUCUCCCUCGGUUUCCUCAUCUCCGCCUCCAACCUCAUGUACUCCUACGCCCUCCUCUACCUCCCCGUCUCCACCUUCUCCCUCCUCUGCGCCACCCAGCUGGCCUUCAACGCCGUCUCCUCCUACUUCCUCAAUGCCCACAGGUUCACCCCGCCCGUCCUCAACUCCGUCGCGCUGCUCACCUUCUCCGCCGUGCUCGUCGCCGUCGGAUCCGAGUCCGACGCUUCGAACGCCUCCAGGUCAGAGCGGCGGCUGGGGGUGGCGCUGGCGCUGGCCGCCUCCGCGCUCUUCGCGCUCACGCUGUCCCUGAUGGAGCUCUCGUUCGAGAGGGUGAUAAAGGCGAGGACUUGGGCGGCCGCGGUGGAGAUGGAGGUGUGGACUAGCACCGCGGCGACGGCGGCGGCUGUGGCAGGGCUGUGGGCCAGCGGGGAGUGGAGGCGGGUGGGGGAGGAGAUGGAGCGGUUCCGGAGAGGGGGGAGGGCGGGGUACGUGAUGGCGCUGGUGGGGACCGCGGCGGCGUGGCAACUCUAUGCGGUGGGGCUAGUGGCGCUGGUGGAGGCGGCGUCGGCGCUGUUCGCCAACGUGACCUGCACGGUGGGGACCGCGCUGGUGCCGUUGGCGGCGGUGGCGGUCUUCGGCGACGAGAUGGACGCGGCGAAGGCCGUGGCGAUGGGGAUCGCGUUUUGGGGCUUCGCGUCCUACGUCUACCAGCACUACCUCGAUGAAUCGAACUCCAAGAGGGGAGUGGACAGCUGCAACCGCGCCAAUGGUUCGGACGCCCCUGAUGCCUGUCCUUAAUGACGUCAUCUGGCUGCUAUAUGGCUAACUAAUCCAUAACAAAGAAAAACAAAAGGAAAUGAAAAGAAAAAAAAAAGUAUUUUGUGUGAAAAUAAAGUUGAAAAAAUAUUUUAAAUAAUAGUGAAAAUAUGGGGAAAAAAUAUAUGUAA